CCAUCACCUCAAGUAUAAAGUAGUUUAGUGUCUGUGCUUUACUGGCUUCUGGGUCUCACUGUUCUUCACGUUUCAGAGUGACUACCUUCAGCUUCACAAUGGCUCCAAGAAGACGUCCAAGUCGACCAUCCCAGGCUUCUCGUAUGGCUGCUGCCGUUGAGGCCAUGGUGGAAAUGGGUUUUGAGGCUAAACUGGUUCGUCAGAAAGUGAACCGGUUACUGAAAGAAGACCUUUACGGAGAAGAAGGGUGGAGAUUUAUAGAAGAGGCUUCUUACAGUGUACUAAUUGAUGCACUUGCGCCGGAUCAAACAAAUGGUGAUGAGAAUGAGAAUGCUUCACUGGAAAAGUCAAAAGGCAGAAAUUAUGCUGAAACUGAUGGACCCUCCUCUAGCAAGGUUGCUUCUCCAAAAAAAUCUAGCUGUGGAAAGGACACUGGAACUUCAGGAGCCGGACCAUUAAGCAAGGAGGUAUCACCUCAAACUGAUGCAAGAGGUGUUGAUACUGAAACUUCAGGAGCUGGACAUUCCAUAAGCAAGGUUAUAUAUAUUACCUUCAAUGUAAACAGUAUGUUAGCUUUUGUGACAUUGCUGGCUUAACUUGAUUAUAUUCUUAUCUUUCUAGGUUGCAUUUGUAGAAAACAAUCCGAGUGGUGGAAGUGUGGUGGAAACAUCAGAACCCCUGUCCUCCUCUUUAAGAAAGGUUAUUAUCUUGCCAUGCUCAAACGUUGAGGUUGUGAACAAUACAGUUAGGAGCAAGGAUGAUCUGGAUUCCUCAUCACAUAACAAACCUUUGGACUCUGCAUCACCCACUCAAUUGCCUGAUGCAAAUAACUUUCUGCUACUUACUGAAGGAGAUUCACAAGGCCAGCAAGGAACUCUUGUUGCUCACUCCGCACGACAACUGGAUACUUUUCUAACAAGGAGGCGGAGACCAUAUCAUGGUUGGGUUGGCCGCAAUGAUGAUGAUGAUUAUGAUUUUGUGAUUCAAGCACCCGCUCCAUUGUCAGAAGUGUUGCAGAAAGUGUUUAUUCUGAAUGUGGAUUCUGGUAAGAGAAAGCGCAAGAGAAGGUGGGAUGUGCAGCCUGAGGAUAUGUGAAGCUCACCUGAUCUGCUCUUUCAUCCUACCCAAGCUUUUAACAGUUCUACUGGAAUGUAAUCUUUGUAUAUAAAAUCUCAAACUUUGGUGACACAUUAACUAGGCCGUGGAUUAGCAGUCAGAUAUUCAGAUAUUUUGGUGGCA